AUGCUCUACUUGGGCGAGGUUACGGAGGGUCUCGAAUUCAUCGCGGCAGAUGAAUUGAAAUCGCGAUUACGUCGCGAUUGGGUGGCGAUGGGGGGCGAUUCCGAGAUGAAAGUCGAUGCCGGCCCUCCCCCCGAGGAAUCGCACGAAUGGGUCGAUACAUUGGCGAUCUCGGCCAUUCGGGCGCGAACCGCGUUCCUGGGCGGGCUGCUCACCGUGGAGACCGUCUUCGUCUUCCUGGACCACAUCGUAGGCCUCCCGCAGGACGAAUCGGGCCUCGACGCCAUCGAACACCACGUACGCGACCGCCUUGACGCGGCCAAGUGGGACCAGGCCCUGCACGUGUGGACGCGCCACUUUCGAGAGCUGGGCCGGGCCACCAGCAGCACCAGCACAGAUGAAGCCGAUAUAGUCGAUCAUGCAGAGGCGGCGGCCGACGCCGAUACGACGGCGCUCUCGAGCUCGACUUCGUUUGCGCCGCAGUUCCGCUGCUCGUGCCGACGCCGGGGCGAACAGAUGUGGCAAUCCCACGCCGUCGCGGGAGCGGUUGGCGCUGGGAUGGUGGACCGAUUCCCCAACUGGAAGGUCUCCCUCAAGACCUACGAACUCGAGGUCUACGUCAACGUCAUCAAAGCGGACAUGAUCCUUGGCGUCUCCCUUUCACACCGCCCUACAGACGGCAAUUCGAAUUAUGCGGGUCAUCCCGGCGGCCGCAAGAAGCGGCGCAGGCAAAAGGGUUUCGUCACCUUGUUGGGCAAAACGGCCCUCUCGCCCACCAUCGCCAACUCACUCAUCCUGCUCGCUGACAUCAAGCCCGGCCAAGUGGUGCUGGACCCGUUCUGUGGGGUGGGUACCCUGCCCAUCCACGCGGCGGCGAUUGAACCGGGGGCGAUCGUCAUCGGCGCGGAUCGUGCCAAGUCGGAAGUGAACAAGACAGUCAACAACCUGCAGCUCUACAAUGAGCGAGUCGCCCCGCGGUGUCCCUGGGUCGACAUUGUACAAUGGGACGUGCGGCGAUUGCCGAUCCGUUCGUCGUUCGUCGACGUGGUCAUCUCCGAUCUCCCCUUCGGCGUUCGCUCCGGCUCCACCAAAAGCAAUCAUGUCCUCUAUCCAUUGGCUCUGAAGGAACUGGCACGCGUCACCAAGUUGCAGGGGAAAGCGCUGCUGAUUACGGCGGACGAUGACUUGAUGACGAACGUGGUGGCCAAGGCCACGCACCUGUGGCGAACAGUCCAGACCCACAGCUUCUUGAUGGGCCUCAACGAGAUGCGAAUAACACUGUACGUUCUCGAGAGGUGCGAUUCGACCGAGCCUCCGGCCCAAUAA